UUCCUUAGUCUGUCACCCAGGCAGCUCCCCUGUGUGGGACUUCAGAGAGUUAAGCCAGAGCAGAAGGUGGACAAUAAGCAGUGGAAUCACGCAUCCUCUCACCACGAACUAGGCCGUGCAGGGUCCAGCUGCCUGACCUGUGCUGUUGUGGGAAGCUCAAGGUCCUUAAAGGGCUCCGGCCAUGGUUUUCGAAUUAACCAACACGAUCUGAUCCUCAGGAUGAAUCAGGCGCCUGUCCAAGGCUUUGAGAUGGAUGUGGGAAACCGGACAAGCAUACGCAUUAUGUACCCCGAGACUGCCAGGGCCCAGGAGCCUGGCACCCAGCUGCUGCUGCUUCCGCUGAAUUCCUCUGGUCUGAAGUGGUUCAUCAAGACCCUGCACCUACAGCACUCAGUCAGGAAGCCACAAAACCCUGGAUUUCAGAUAGUACAUUUUCCUAGUGGAACCACAGAGAAGAAAGACCAGGUGCUGGUGAUCAGCCUCUCCUUUCUCAAGUACAUCCAGGAGCGAUGGCUGGCCCAGCAGGGGAUCCACCCGUCCUUGGGGUUCGUGGCUCUGCUAUACGCUUUGCACACCUGUGACCAGGUAUCCUUAUUUGGCUUUGGAGAAGAUCAUCUCCAAAGGUGGUCCCAUUACUGGGACAACAGCUACUGGUUUGAGAAGAGUGCAUAUUUCCCGGCAGAAUCCCAGGUAAUCCGUCAGCUGCAAUGUAACAAAAAGAUCAGAAACUACAGCUAAGCUGGUGCCUCAGGAGGCCCCAGGUGGCCCUGGGCUUGCCAAAAUGUCCAAGAGGAACUGGGCACCAGGCACACCCUAGAGGGAAAUGGCUCUGCCCACUGAAUAAAACUCUGGCUUAUUCCUCUCCCUGGA